AUGAAGAGCUUUUGGGCUUUGCCCGCUGUUCUGCGCGCCGCAGUCGCCGCCCAGAAUUCUUUCAGUGUGCAAGACGAUGUUCUUGCCUUCCCCCAGUUCUCGGUCGACUUUCCAGAAGGCCAUGUUUCCUCUCUGCAGGCUCAGGAGAAACUUGACCCCUCUACAUCUGACUCCAACUUUGAUCUUUCUCAUCGAGACACGAAUCCACAAGACUCAGACAAGCCGCAAUACCACUAUGAGGAACUCGUUCUAGCCAACCAACACUACUUGUGUCAAAUUCCACGUCUGCUCGACCAACCACCUUCAUCACAACCCAACGAGACCCUAUCUAAGCAAGACCAUGAGAAAGAGCUGGCUCGCGCAAACACCAGAGGCUGGCAAUUGCUCAAGGGCAUGCAAGGCAACUGCAUCUAUUACUGGAGUGGAUGGUGGAGCUAUAGAUACUGCUACGGCCAGGGUGUCAAGCAAUUCCAUCAACUGCCUUCCUCUCACGGCGUUCCUGUAUACCCUCCUGUCGAGGAUCCCGCUGUACCCGGUUUCAUGCUUGGCGCUGUCCAAGACCAACCGCGCCAUGAUAGCCAAGAAAACCUAUCCGAGGACAAGGCUGUCGGCAAGCUCGAGACCCGCGGAGAGAGCAGGUAUCUUGUACAGCGCCUGGCUGGUGGCACUGUCUGCGAUUUGACGGGCAGAGAACGCCGCAUCGAAGUCCAAUUCCAUUGCAACCCGGCCACUGCAGACCGUAUCUCGCUCAUAAAAGAGGUCGCAACCUGUGCAUAUCUCAUGGUCAUCCAGACCCCACGACUUUGUAACGACAUCGCCUUUCAACCUCCACAGAAGGACCGCGCAAACAAGAUUGCUUGUUCACCCAUCCUCGAUCAAGACCAAGUCCCCGAGUACGAAGCUGCCGUUGCCGCUGCUUCUGAUCUUCUCGGCGAUGACAUACCUAAUCCCUUGGCUGGUUCGCAGUCAAAAGCCCCUGUUACUAUCGGUGGUAUCACCAUUGGUGCUCAUAAGUGGAUUCCUGAAGGCAGCAAGAUUGAAAAAUCAGCCAUCGUGGGAGGCACCAAGGACAAGUUUGUCGAAACCAUUGCUGACAGCUUCGGUAAGGCCAUGUCGGCAGAUGAGCUGAAGAGGCUCGGCCUUGGUGAUGCAAAAAGUGUCGAGACGCUGAAGAAGGAGUUGGAAAAGAUUGCAAACGGUCAAGGCUGGGAGCUUAAAGUCUUCGAUACUCCCGACGGACGCGAAUACAGAGGCGUCUUACUCGGCGAUGAGGAGCCAGACUCGGCCAAGACAAAAGCUGCUGAGGUGACUGAUACAAAGAAAGCUGGAACCAAACCCAGCGACGAUGCUCCGUCUGAUGAUGACCGCGGCUCAGAGGGCUCUGAAGAGACGUAUAAAGACGAGCUUUGA